AUGCAGUGGUGGUUGCGUGUCGCGAUUUGCUUCCUUCUUGCUGGCACAGUGCCAAGAGUGAUAUCUGAAACUGGAUCUGGAUCGGAGUCGGGAUCGGAAUUGGUUUCGGGCUUAGCGAAGGCUCUAACCCAAGUGCUGGUGAAAUCUGAGAUGGGUCAGCUGAAUACCCUGUACAUAUAUACACACAUCAGUGGCCCAGCGGCGACGGGGCUCCACUUGGAGGAGCUGCUCAGUCGACUAUUGGUCAGCCUGCCGGCCACGGGCCAGGCAAGGCAGCUCUACCGCCAGGCGCCCAUGGAGUAUAAGCCCUAUGUGCAUGCUGUUCUGGUGCUGGUAAAUGACUUUCGAUCGCUGGCUGAGAUCUACGGACGCAUCCGGGCCACGCAGGAUCUCUCACACACGCUGAUCUACAUGUCCCUGCCAACGGUGGCGGAUGAUGACGAGGUGCAGCUGGCCCUCCAGCUGCUGUGGCGCCUCAGUGUCCUCAAUGUGGGCCUGGUGCUGCGCUCUGGCUCCCGUGAGCUCAUCAUGGUUAGCUACUUCCCCUUCAGCCCCGACCACAGCUGCAAGGAGAUCAAAGUCAGCGUGGUGAAUCGCUUUCACUGGGACUCUAAGAUCUGGGCCAGGUCUGACUACUUUCCCGAGAAGCUGGACAACUUCCAUGGCUGCCGGCUGACCUGUGCCACCUGGGAGGAUAUGCCGUACCUGGUCUGGCGGCCCGACUCCGGCUCUGGCUCCUUUGUGGGCAUCGAGGGGGCACUGCUGCAGUUCAUGGCCGAUAACCUUAACUUCAGCGUUGGCCUGUAUUGGAUGAACAAGGACGAGGUCCUGGCCACCUUCGACGAGUCGGGCAGCAUUUUCGAUGAGAUAUUCGGUCAACACGCCGACUUCUCGCUAGGCGGAUUCCACUUCAAGCCGAGUGCCGGCAGCGAGAUCCCCUACUCGCAGUCCACGUACUACUUCAUGAGCCACAUCAUGCUGGUGACGAACCUGCAGAGCGCCUACUCCGCCUACGAAAAGCUGGCCUUUCCCUUUGCCCCCCUCCUGUGGCGGGCCAUUGCCGUGGUUCUGAUCCUGGCCUGCCUACUCCUGGGCGUGGUGGUGCGGCGAUGGCCCAAGCAGGAGUUGCCACCGCAUCCGUACUAUCAGCUACUGGUGCUGACCAUGGGCGGCAACCUGCUGGAUCGCUUCCUGCCUCGAAGGCUGCCCGGUCGGCUCGUAAUCCUUACCUGGCUUUUGUCCUCUUUGGUCCUGCGCAGCGGCUAUCAGUCCGGGAUGUACCAACUGCUGCGCCAGGACACUCAGCGCAAUCCGCCGCAGACAAUUGCCGAGGUGCUGGCCCAGCGCUUCACCAUUCAGCUGGCGGAGGGGAAUGAGGCCCGAAUCCUGGCCAGCCUACCGGAGCUCCAGCCCAGCCAGCUGGUCGAGCUGCAGGGCAGCGAGCUGCAGUCCUUUCCCGUCCUGGCCAGGCAGAGUGGCACUGCUGCCCGAUUGGCCAUCCUGACGCCGUACGAGUACUUCGGCUACUUUCGGAAGGUGCAUCCGAUGAGCCGGCGCCUGCAUCUGGUCCGGGAGCGUAUCUACACCCAGCAACUGGCCUUCUAUGUGCGCCGUCACUCGCACCUGGUCGGCGUCCUCAACAAGCAGAUUCAGCAUGCCCAUGCUCACGGUUUCCUGGAGCACUGGACGCGUCAGUAUGUGAGUGCCGUGGACGAGGCGGACGAGAGUGUCUCCAGGAUAGCCACCACCGCGUACAGCACCCUGGACGGUAUUGAUGGGGAUCCACGGCUCUCAGAGGCUGAGGAGCAGCAGGUGGCCCCCGUGCAUCAGAAUGUUCUUUCCAUGCGGGAGCUGGCUGCCCUCUUCUGGCUCAUCCUCUGGGCCAAUAUCGUGGCGGUGCUUGUCUUUGUCUUGGAAUUACUAAUGCCCGAGGAUUUGUAUGGCAAAAUGAAGGGGUUUUUAUGUCGCAAGCAUGGAAAAUAA